AUGAAGUUAUCCGGCUUACAGCGCGAGGUGCUCGCUUUGUAUAGACAUGCUCUCAGGGAGAUCAGAAAGAAGCCCAAGGAAUCCCAGGAUAACUUUAAACGGUUUGCCCGACAAGAGUUCCGGAAGAACGUGAACAUCAGCAAAAUGGACUUCUCGGCUAUUGAAUACCUCCUGCGACGAGGCCGCCGCCAGGUCGAAACGUAUUCUUCCGCUGGGAUCCGGAAUGUCUUGCGCUGA